AUGGCCUCUUCUCUCUCGUUACAAGAUUCUGCUAUGUCUUCACUUCAUUUUUAUUCUCCUUUCAUAAGUCUCUGGUUCUCGUUCUUCUGUCUGUUCUUAAUUAGCUCGGUUCAAGUUGGCUUGGCCACUGAACCACACAUCGGUUUGGGUUCAAAGAUAUUAGCUAGUGAACCAAACCGGGUAUGGGCUUCCGCUAACGGUACUUUUGCAAUCGGGUUUACUCGGUUUAAACCAACCGACCGGUUCUUACUGAGCAUUUGGUUUGCACAACUUCCUGGUGAUCCAGCCAUCGUUUGGUCUCCCAAUAGAAACUCCCCAGUCACAAAAGAAGCUGUCUUGGAGCUACAACCCACCGGAAACCUCAUACUCUCCGACCAAAGCACCAUCGUCUGGGCCUCAAACACCUCAAACCACGGCGUCCAAUCGGCGGUUAUGUCCGAAUCCGGCAACUUCCUCCUCCUUGGAACCGAAGUUACCGCCGCUCCGGCCAUUUGGCAAAGCUUUUCGCAACCUUCUGACACUCUCCUCCCAAAGCAACCCUUAACCGUUUCUCUAGAGUUAACCUCUAAUCCUUCCCCGUCGCGUCACGGCCAUUACUCCCUGAAAAUGCUGCAGCAACACACUUCGCUUAGUCUCGGCCUAACCUACAGCAUCAAUCUUGACCCUCACGCAAACUACUCGUACUGGUCCGGACCAGAGAUUUCAAAUGUUACCGGAGAUGUUACCGCCAUUCUUGACGAUACCGGAAGCUUCAAGAUAGUUUACGGAGAAUCCUCUGCAGGAGCAGUGUACGUCUACAAGAAUCCGGCUGACGAAAAUCGGAACUAUAACAAUAGUAGUGAUUCCCGGUUAACGAAAAAACCGAUUCUGCGGAGAUUGGUAUUAGAGAACUACGGUAAUCUCCGGCUGUACCGAUGGGACAACGACAUGAACGGUUCAAGCCAAUGGGUACCUGAAUGGGCAGCUGUAUCAAACCCGUGUGACAUAGCCGGGAUUUGCGGUAACGGGGUAUGCAAUCUGGACCGAACCAAGAAAAACGCCGACUGUUUAUGUUUGCCCGGUUCGGUUAAGCUUCCUGAUCAAGAAAACGCUAAACUCUGUUCAGACAACUCAUCGCUGGUCCAAGAAUGUGAGAGCAACAUUAAUCGUAACGGUACGUUCAAGAUCUCGACGGUCCAAGAGACCAACUACUAUUUCUCAAAACGUUCUGUUAUCGAGAAUUACAGCGAUAUCGGGAACGUGAGGAAAUGCGGUGAGAUGUGUUUAUCGGAUUGCAAAUGUGUGGCUUCGGUUUACGGUUUAGAUGAUGAGAAGCCUUACUGUUGGAUUCUAAAGAGUCUGAAUUUUGGCGGGUUUCGAGAUCCUGGUUCGACACUUUUCGUGAAGACUAGAGCUAAUGAGUCUUAUCCCUCGAAUUCGAAUCAUGAUAAUAACAACGAUUCUAAAUCGCAUAAGAGACAUGGAUUAAGACAAAAGGUUCUGGUGAUUCCUAUAGUUGUGGGGAUGCUUGUGCUUGUGGCACUACUUGGGAUGCUGUUAUACUAUAAUGUAGAUAGAAAGAGAACACUAAAGAAAGCCUCAAAGAACUCGCUAAUCCUUUGUGAUUUCCCUGUGAGUUUCACUUACCGAGAUCUUCAGAACUCUACUAACAAUUUCUCCCAACUUCUUGGAUCAGGUGGAUUCGGGACAGUAUACAAAGGAAGAAUAGCGGGUGAAACGCUGGUUGCGGUGAAGAGAUUAGACAGAGUGUUAUCUCAUGGAGAGCGAGAGUUCAUCACUGAAGUCAACACCAUCGGUUCAAUGCAUCACAUGAACCUAGUUCGCUUGUGCGGCUACUGCUCCGAAGACUCACACCGGAACUGACGAACGGGACGGCUUUGAAAGUUGUGGACAGGAGGCUACAAGGAGUAGCAGAGGAAGAAGAAGUAGUGAAAGCUCUUAAGGUGGCUUUCUGGUGCAUACAAGACGAAGUAUCGAUGAGGCCGUCUAUGGGAGAGGUGGUAAAGCUUCUAGAAGGUUCAUCGGACGAGAUAAACUUGCCUCCGAUGCCUCAGACGAUUCUAGAGCUUAUAGAAGAAGGAUUGGAGGAUGUGUAUAGAGCGAUGAGGCGAGAGAUUAAUAAUCAGCUUAGCUCUCUCACUGUUAAUACAAUUACAACCUCUCAAAGUUAUAUUUCUUCAUCUCGGUCUCAUGCUACUUGUAGUUACUCUACAAUGUCUCCUAGGUAGUUUUUUUAAUAUUUUAGCAUUUGAUAGUUUGAGAUUUUUUCUCUUUCUCGAUUGGGGCUAGUCAAAAGGUGGCAUUUCACUCUCUACAGCGUUGUGCGUAGUUAAGAAAAUGUUAUUAAUGUCUAGUUUAUUCUAUACUUCAUACUUGUAGGAAACCUUUUGCUGUAUAUAUAGCUAGCACCUGACACAAAUCAUGGAUUGGAG